AUGAGUUCAAUGUUGUUUAUAGCUUUAUGGAUUGUUGUUGUGACUGUUUGUAACAUUAAUGGUGAUGAGGAGACGCCUAUCGGGUCCACGAAGGAGUUGGACUACACGAUUUUGGCGGGAGAAGCAGAGACUCACAAGGGUGACAUUUUAAACUUUCUGAAUGAGUCGCGUGUGAGGGAACAAUACAAAACAUUAUACAACAACCUGUUAUCGAAGCUGAUGGAUGGCAUGAGCUCAACACCAGCACGAAGAUCUGAUCCAUCACCAGAGAGCAUAUUAGCAACCUCGACUCGGCGCAUCGUGUCAGGUCGGAACACCUCGAUCGCGGCUGUGCCCUGGCAGGUCUCCCUGAGGGAGAAGACCUACCCCAUCUGCGGGGGCUCCGUCGUCACUGAUGUGUGGCUACUGACUGCCGCUCACUGUCUUUUGAGAGCUCGAGCAAGCGAGCUGAGCGUCCGCCUAGGCUCCUCUUGGAAGACCCACGGCGGCGAGAUGUAUGACGUCAAGGAAUGUUACGUGCACCCCCGGUACGUCAGCAAGACGAAGACUAACGAUGUCGGCCUGGUUCGCCUGUACUCGCCGCUCAGAUUCUCUGCUAGAGUGCUGCCUAUCAGACUGGUGGCCAAGGAGGCCAGGCUGCCGGCCAAUGAGCCCGCUAUUGUCAGUGGAUGGGGGAAAUUGAAGGAAGGUGGUCCGAGCGCCACAUACCUGCAGUCUUCUACCAUCAGAACUAUUGCCAUGAAGCUGUGCCGUCGCUCCGGACUCGACAGGAAGGCUAUUGACCCCUCCUCCAUGUUCUGUGCUGGAUCCUUCAGCCAGGCCUCGCCUGAUGCUUGUCAGGGUGACAGUGGAGGCCCCAUCGUGUACGAGGGGGUCCUAAUCGGCGUGGUCUCCUGGGGUCUGGGGUGUGCCCGGGGAAACUUCCCCGGGGUGUACACUCGCCUCUCCUACCCUCUGAUAUACGAUUGGGUGCACAGCCAUAUAACUAAGCAAACUGAAAACAAUACUGCGCUAUGAAUUAAAUGGUUAUCGGCAAAA